AUGGGAGUAGGCGCGCGAGUGGGCGCGCCGGCACAGCAAGCGCGCUCUUCAGUGUUCUGGCUGAGCUUCGAGGGAGCGCGUGCUGGGCGAGUGGCGUCCGUCGUUCGAGGCUGUGGACGGGGCUCUACCAUGUUGAUAUCUGCGGGCAGCGGCCCUACGCCUGAGUUUUCGCCUGCCUCGUGCUGCGCGCCCUGGAAGAUGGAGCCGGCGCCACCGGCGCCAGCGACCAUCACGCAGCCUCUAAACAUUUCGCCGAACGUGCCGGUUUCGCCUUCAUCAUCUGGUGGCGGUGGUGCAGGGGGUGGCUCAGGAACGCCCCUAUAUCCAGGAGCGGCGUCGCAUCCCCUUUCGUCACUGCUGUCUCAACAGAGAUUGCUAGAACUUUCUCGAUUCGGUCUGCGGCAUUACGACAUCGCACACCACGUGCUGUCCCAGCAAGGUGCUGUAACCAAAUUACUCGGUACAUUACGGCCGCCGGGACUCAUUGGAGGUAGCAAGCCGAAGGUUGCAACGCCGGCGGUAGUGUCGAAGAUAGAGCAGUACAAAAGGGAAAAUCCGACGAUCUUCGCAUGGGAAAUUCGAGAGCGACUUAUAUCCGAAGGUGUAUGCACGAACGCCACCGCGCCCAGCGUUUCGUCAAUCAACAGGAUAUUAAGGAACAGAGCUGCCGAACGGGCUGCAGCAGAGUUCGCCAGGGCUGCUGGCUACGGGCUGUACGCUGCUCCCCCUCCGUAUGGGGGAUUCCCCUGGGGAGGGGGCGGCGGUGUUUGGCCCCCCGGUGGACUUCCCCUGCCACCAGGAGUACCACCCCCGACGGUCGGAAUGCAACAUCCCGAUGCUGUACAACAGGGAUUCUUGUCGUCGUCGGGCCGUGGUCUUGUCGAUGUCGACGGCGAUGACUCUGGAUCUCUGGAUGGAGAGCAGCCGAAAUUCCGUAGGAAUCGUACCACCUUCAGUCCGGAUCAACUCGAAGAACUCGAGAAGGAAUUCGAGAAAUCUCACUACCCGUGCGUGUCGACGCGAGAACGUCUGGCUUCCAAAACAUCGCUGUCGGAAGCCCGUGUACAGGUUUGGUUUUCCAACAGACGAGCCAAGUGGAGACGCCAUCAGCGCAUGAACCUACUCAAGCGCGGUGGCGGCUCGCCCUCGCACCGCCUCCCCCACUCCCCCUCCCGAUCCCGUUCGCGUUCCUUGUCCCCCGCACGAGGUCCUUACCUCACUCCCCAAAUGGGUGGCGAGAACAGCGCCUUUAAAGCUCUAUCGCACCAAGACACUAACGCCCUGAAGGCCUUGUCACAUCAAGCGCAAUUAGAGAGCAACGCGCUAAAAGCGCUUUCGCAAACGCCCUUCGAAGGCGGCGCGUUUAAACCCCAUCCGGCAUUAGAAAAUAGCGCGUUUAAAGCGCUCGUGCCGCAUUCCGCAGCUGCAGCGCUGUUGGCCGCUCAGUCGAUACAGUUGGCUCGAGGCUACGAAUCCCACUCCGACUCUGACGAAGAGAUAAACGUCCACGAUGAGAGCGAUGACGAGGGAGACAAGCAGCAAAACAAGACCAGGUCCAGAACCCCAAGCCCUUGCCGACAGCGACAAUUGACCUCGAGUGACCUGCCUUUACAACUUACUAAGCACGACCGC